ACUGAUGCCAGUUUAGAAUAGCACCACCACCAUGUCGUCACUAGUCUAUCUGCUUCUAGUCGCCACUUCCCUGGUCGGGAUUAUGGCCUACCAAGUCCCGGAGGCCACAGUCAAGGUCAACUCGCCCCAGGGCUUCGAAGUAUCCAUUCCAGCGGAGCCCGGUGUCACCCUAUUCGCCUUCCACGGCAAGGUCAACGAGGAAAUGGACGAUCUGAGCGAUCAGACCUGGGCGGCGGACAUAGUCUCUCCCCGGAAUGGACGCUUCACUUACCGUAACCGGAACCACCGUCUCCAGCCGGGUGAUAUUCUCUACUACUGGACCACAGCUCGCUACAAUGGCAUCGACCAUCACAACUACAACCGGCGGUAUGUGGUUGGCCGUGGGGACUCCCAGAAAAUCGAUGUUCAUGGCUCUCAAGGUGGCUCUCAUCCCAUUGUAGCCAAUGGCCACAAUACUUUUAAUAUAUAUGUACAAUAAAUUAAAGAUCAAUAAAGUUUUAUAAGCGGUUUCUAA